AUGCACCCGGCUCCCGCGACGACGGACCGGCGACGCAGCUGUCGCUUUUGCCGCAGUCGCAAGCUCCGCUGCUCAGGCGCCAGCGUCUGCAGCGCCUGCAAGGACCGCCAGAUCGAAUGUGUCUAUGAUCAGGGCGGCCCCAAAGGUCGUCCCCGGGUCUCUGGCGCGCGCACCACCGGCCGUCUGGUUGCUGGCCAGCCGGCGCCCGAGCCCGACAUGAAACAGGCUCCCUGGACAUCCCCCUCGAGUCCGUCGUCCUCCGCGGCCGGCCAGCUCUUUUCGCCGCGUCUUAAGAGUGUUGCCGAUGCUCUAUCCGAGGUGACGGCCGAGAUUCAGGAGAAGCUACAGGGUCCAAGGGUCGAUGGGAUGCCAUGGAGCCAGGCCGGUUCUCCUCGCCAGCGGCCGGCUAAACUGGGCUGUCGCGAGCUUAUCCUGGUGCUGACCCAGGAUAUCAUCGACGCCACAGUGGCCCGUUUCAGCGGACUCGAUUGCCUUGCUUUCUUCGCUAAUCAAAGUCAAUUCUUCCGAGCCAGCCUGGCGUCCAGCAGUCCUCCCGAACCGUCCCCCGCCCUCGAGCCGGCGCCGCUGGCGGCAUACAACGGCUACCGCAUCACCCAGCUCUUAGAUGUGUGGUUUGGUGCGCACCCGUUGUCCAUGGCCCUUUCAAAGACGCUGCUGCUACGUGACGUCCGCAGCAACUCCUACGACCCCCUGCUCCUGGCUGUCGUGCUAGGGGGCGGUCUGCUGGAACUGGGGGAUACGGACACCCAGGUGGAAUCCGAGCAGCUCCUGCACUGGGCGUCGUCACGCCUACAGUAUAUUUCCACGGCGGCAGCCGACCUGUCAACUGCACAGGCGCUCAGCUUGCUGGCCUGGCAUGAGACAUGUCAGGGAAACAUUAUCAAAGCAAUGACCUACAGCAUCUACGCGAAUCGUACCGUAACCCGCCUCAUCAUGGACACCUUGACCCGGUCCUCACGCGAUGUCCGACAGAUCAACGGGGUCGACCUAGUGCAGAUUGAGUUGGAGAUGAUGCACAUCCUGGGUUGGAUGACUCUCGCGCUGAUGGUCUGGUAUUUUACACACUUGGGGAUUGUGGAUGACAGUCUGCCAGCGCUCGCGAUGAUGUAUGAGCACCCGCCCAUGAACAAGGAUGCCUCCUUGGUGCUACGGCUCGACAAGGCGGCCGAUAACUUGUCCACGCUCUCACACCAGUGGGCAUGGAUCCAGGAAAUUUGGACCAUCAGCCACAUCACCUCCGCGGCUGUUCACCUCAACUCGAUCUACCCUCGUCAGGCCAGCGGGCCCACAUCUCCCAUAGCCCAUCCUCACCACUCCUGGCAGAGUCAGCUGCACGAGCAAUUGCGCAACAUCCAACUCUACAAGGUCGACAUUGGCAACCUGUGUAGCGAGGCCCGCGCUGUCUUGUCGCGCAACGUGCAGAUCAUCGAAGCCAACAUGGAAGACCAGGUUGCCCAGACGUGGAUUCUCACCGCGUACCGCACCUUGCUCAUCCAUCUCCUGUUCCCGCGCAUGGAGACCAUCGCCAUCACAGCCGAUCUCGUCCAGAACCUAGCCGACUGUCUUGCCUUCUUUGCGCGCAGCUUCACCGUCCUCGUCCACAUCUCUACUACUCAUGCGCUCCCCCAGUCGAGCAUUCAGUCGUGCAUCCGCUCCUACAUGGCUGGUCUGGCCGCCUGCGGUAGCGCCAUUGACGCAAUCUUCCUCAUAUCACCCAAACAACUUCAAUGCUGGGAGCCGGAAAUCCUACAGGGGCUAGCCCGACUACUCGAGCAAGCGACGAAGCUAGACACGCUCUUCACGGACGACACACUACUGACGGACUGGCGGUGGCGAAAUGUACAAAACCGCUUCCACCGGUUAUCCAAAUACAAAACGGAGCUGCAAAGUGUGCCAGCCGGGUGGGAUGGCCUUCCUUUGCCUGUCAGGCCGGCGGAGCGACAAUCAUCUACCUCCUCCCUGCAACCAGUGGCCGCCGCGGGGGUGGCAGAGACUACAGAGCCAACACCCACCCCCCUAGUGCCGAUAUACACGGCUGCUACCGAAUUACCACUCUCAAUUGCAUCUAUACUGUUCCCUUUAUCCUAG